AUGAAAGAAAAUAUAUAUAUGCGUAUAUUUAAGAAUUCACGUCAUAUGCUCACUCAGAAGACACUAAAUGACUUACGUAAAUGCGUCUCUGACAGACGGUGUCCUUCUCCAUUGUAUCAGAUAUCUCCUCAGCCACAUAAUUCAUCAUCAUCAUCCGUGAGUAUCAGUGACAGUUCGUCGUCAUCAUCAGUAUCAUCAUCAGCAUCAUUGUCAACUACAUCAAUGGCAUUAAUUGAAAGUAAACAGCAUAAUUCAGUGAUAGAAUAUAAUAAUGAUAAUAAAAAAUCAUCUACGGAUUUUUCACUUUCGAUUGAUUUUCCACGAUUAUGUACAAAAUCUGAUGGUGGUUUUUAUCUUAAUUUACCAAAAGAUGUUAUUUUACCUGAGAUUAAUAUUAAUAAUAAUAAUAAUAAUAAACGACAAGAUAACUGGAAUCAUCAUGAACACCUAAUGGAUGUGAUUAUUAUAAUUGUCAAUAGAAAAGGACAAGUAUUACACUAUGAAAGACAUUUUUCAAGUCAACACAAUUUAUGCUUGAAUGAUGAUAAUCAUGAUCAAUUACAUAAUUGGCGGAGUAAAAUUCAUGAUCUUGAUACAUCUAUUUGGGAGAAACAUUCAUCGAAAAUUUUCAAUGAAGCAUCACGAUGGUGUCGAGCACAAAAUGCUUUAAUCAAAUUAGACAAUGAGAAUGUUGUACCAACACCAACGCCAAUGUCAACACCUACUCCAGCCUCGGAUAGUGUUGUUAACAACAAUAAUGAUGAUGAUAUUGAUAGUUUUGAUGAUGCUAAUGCUGACAAUGAUGAUGUUAUUGUUGUUGGUGAACAGAUUUCAUCAAACAAUUCGAAUUCAAUCAUUUCUUCUAAAAAUCAUCAUAUUAAACGUCACUUAGUUGAUUGUCCUGUAUAUCGAUUAAAAUUGGAUCAAAAAUGGUACUAUGUGCAUACAUUCAGUUUACCUGUAUGGUAUAAUAAUAAUAAUAAUAAUUUGAAUACAAAUUUAAAAUCAUCAAUUUAUGAACCAUUAGUUGUUCAUUAUCACAAUCUACUCCGUGAAUAUGAUCCAAAUGGUGGUGGUGAAUUGACCCGUUGUUCAUCAAGUGCUGCAACACCUACUGCUUGUCUUAAAAAGCCUACUAUAACUGAAUCCAAACUGUCAACACUAUCCAACUGUCAUAGUCUGCACACAACUAAUACUACUACUGUUCCCAAGCACACAUGUAAAUCUUUAAAAUCUCUGUCUGUAUCGAAUACUGAUGAUAACAGUCGGAUUAUUAUUGAAGUAUCCAGUAGUAGUGGCGCUGGCAGCGGUGGUUGUGGUGGUGGUGGUAAUAUAUGUCCACAUAUGAAUUCACCGGAUUCCUCCUCCUCCUCCUGCUCAUCAUCAUCAUCGUCUACAACACGUGGUGGUGGUGGUGGUAGAACAUUGAUAUUCAAUUCUAGUCCUACAUCAACCUCAUCAUCGUCGUUGUCAUCUCAUAUUCUGCCACAUCAUCAUCAUCGGCGGCGUGGCGGUGUUUGUGGUGGUGCUUCCUCUUCGUCUUCUGGUCAUCAAAUACAUGAUGAGAUAUCAAUCAUUAAUAAUAAUAAUAAUAAUAGUAAUAGUAAUAAUAAUAAUAAUUCAUUACCUCUUCAUCAUCAACACUUACAUCAUCAUCACCAUCAUUAUGUUCGACAUCAUUCUGCAUCAUCAUCUAUUGAUGAAGAUGAUGAUGUUGAUGACGACGACGACCCAGCAAUUCAUUCACAUGAUCCCCAUCAUUUACAUCAUCAAAAUUCUAUGAUGGGAAAACCUUCUUGUCUAUUGGAUGAUACUGCUGCUGCUAUCACCAGUCAUCAAAGUCAGGAACAAAGAAAGAUCAAUGUUAUCAUAGAUGCUACUGGAUGGGACAAUUCAUUGACUUGUCAAUCAGCUGUUAAUCCUCCUCAAUGUUCAACACAUUUAGAUCCAAAUCAUCAUCGUCAUCAUCAUCAUCACCAUCAUCAUCAUCAUCCGCUUAUUCAUCAUACGAAUCCACAUUCACAUAAUAUUUAUCAUCCUUAUUGUCGGCAUAAUGAUAAAUCAACAAUUACAGAAUUUGUACCUACAUCGUCAACAGCAUCAGCGUCGUCAUUAUCACCGUUGUCUAUAAAGUCUGGAUCACCUGUCAACAAUAAUAUUACAAUGAGUGCUGCCUCAUCGUCUAGUAACAAUUCAACACUGUUGAGAAGUAGUAGUGAAUCAGGUGGUACACGUGUUGAGUCGACUAUUGAAUCAUCAAUUUCUGAUAAGAAGCAUCAUUCAUUUGAUAAAUGUCAUUACAAUAAUGAUGAUGGUGAUAAUAAUAAUAAUAAUCAUACUACUAAUAAUACCAAUACAAAUUUAGUUGUCGGUGAAUCUAGUUCUUAUUCCUGUGGAUUAUCUCAAAUUAAUGCAAAUAAUAAUUCUUGCCGAGAGAACAUCGUUAUUCACAAAAAUCCCACAUUGGAAAGUUUACAUGGAUCUUCGUCAAGUGAUACCAUGAAUCGUGGAGAUGGUGGUGGUGGUUUACAGCAAAGACCGCUUAAUAAAGAUCAAUAUGAUAGACGUGAGUCAGAUGAUAAAAUUCUAAUGCUACAGCAUCUUCUGCCUCCUGAAGCAAUACAAGAGAUUCGUCAAAUAUGGCAAGAGAUGAAUGCACAUAACAACAAUAAAUCAGACACUGACGUUCCAAUGACUUCUUCAAAAUCAUCAUCAUCAAAUCAAUUGACAGUUGCUGGUGCUGCUGCUGCUUCUGUUUUUGGCGGUGGCGGCGGUGGUGGUGGUGGUGGUGGUGGCGGUACAAGUCCUAAUCAUCAUCAUCACAAUUCAUUAAAUCUACGUGAACAUUUUGCUCGUCGUGUACGACAAGUGGUUAGACAAUAUCUUGGGCCUAAAGCAUUUGUUGCAGACAAUUUAAGUGAAACCGAUUCAUCCUGUAUGAAGACAACAAAAACUGCUGCUGGUGGUGGUGAUAAUAAGAGUCAACAACCGUUGACAUUUUUAUCCAAUAAUGAAUUACAUCAAGAACGUCGAACGACAAGUCCUGUAGUCAUUGACGGUAGGGAUAAUAAUAGUAAUAAUCUAACUUCGGUUGCCUCAGUCACUUCUUCCUCGACGCCAACGCCUACGAUAACUACUUUAUCUUCGCGUAUAUCAACUGCAUUGUCCAGUAGUAGUAUUAAUCCUAAUAAUAAUAAUAACACAACAUCACCUGGGAUUCUUUCAUCACCAUCGUCAACAAUGUCAUCAUUAUCACAAUCAAAAUGGAAUCAAAACAGUCCUACAGACAGUGUUACUGGUAUCGCCAGUGGUACAAAACAAAUAGCAUCAUCUACUGUUAUUUCUUCUAAUACUACAACAACUGCUAUUACUACAAUGAAUGAUGUCCCUAUGAUUGAAAAAUUAUCGCCGCCUUGUUCACGUGUAAACAAAUUAUCUCCUCUGUCUGCACGUACAAAUAAAGUAACAGAAGAAGAAAAACAAUCCUUAGCAAACCCGAAUCAUUUCAAUGAGACAUCAUAUAAUCCUAAUACUACUAAUAAUAGUAGUAAUAAUGAGUCUAUUGAUAAUUGUGAUUUAUCCAAACUAUCGAAUUCAUCACAAUGUUGUAUGCUUGAAUGGUUAUUAUCUGAAGAGGCUGAUCUGUGCAUUUUACCACCGUCAUUGUGUCAAUCAAAAGAUGCUGAUAAAUUACAACAACACCAACAACAACAAACAUCUUCUGGAAUCUCUCCAUUACCUUCAUCAGUUUACAAUUCGUCGAUUUCACCAUUGAAUAGUGCUAGCGGUGGCGCUGGUGGUAACAAUUCCAGUCAUGCACAAACUUUACAUUCACAUUCAUCUACAAUUAGUACAACAACAGGAAUAAUAACUCUAUCGACGGCAACACCAACACCAACAGAGAUUACCUGUAGUCCAAGUGGAUCUAUUUCAAGUCAUACAAAAAUCAAUACUACUGCUACUACUACAACUGAUGUACAACAAUUGAAUCGUCAAUUAUCAUUGAAUAAUGCUGCUAAUAAUUCAUCAUUAAUUACAACAGCUACAAUUACCACUAAUAAUAAUAAUACAGUUGUUAAUACUACUUGUAGUAGUGCUACAACUCUUACUCCUCCUUCUACUACUAAUCUGUUGUCUAAUUCAACAGUAAAUCCAACCUUUAGUGAAAUACGACGUUCUUCUCCUCAACCAAGAAGUGAAAGUCUAUUGGUGCGUUUACUACAUCCAACAAAAAAUCAUUCAGUUGGCCAUUCAGAUACAACCACUACUGCUUCUGCUUCUGCUACCACUGCCACUAUCCAUGAUGGAACUUCACCAAAAUUAGUCUGUUCAACAGUAUUGCCUCGUCCUGUUAUGACAGAUAUGCCAGAUUGCAACUCGUCGUCGUUAAACAACAACCCUGCUACUGUAAACGAGACAAGACAAUCAAACAAUCGGAAAUCAGAUUGUCGACUUAUCACUGCAUCACUUGACAAUUUAUACGAUACACCAUUGGUAGUGAGUACUAGUAAACGAUGUCGUAGUGGUCCAGCGACCACUCAGUCUAUUCCUUCUUCUUCUUCCUCUUUUUCAUUAUCAUCAUCGUCAUCGACAUCCUUCCCAUCAACUAGUUCAUCACAUAUAUCUCCUGGGAACAAGAGAACUCGACAUGCUUCACAAUUUGAAGAGAUGCCUAAUUCAAGAAAAAAUACUGCGAUAAACGACUAUAAAAGUAACAAUAAUAAUCAUAAUAAUAAUAAUAAUUCUGAUGUAAUACCUAGUCCACCGUUUACAUCAUUAACACAACUUCUGAUGCAAGAUUUCCCAUCAAUCACAGAUAUUAUGUCCAGUUCACCGGUAUCACUUGGUUCACCCAAGUAUACAACACCUGCUUCUUAUGGACAGAAUGAUUAUGCUAAAAUGAUGAGACCAUUUUCACAAGAAUCAAUGUAUGAUACUACUAAUACGACCACUACUAAUACUACUAAUACGACUACUACUGCUACAACGCCUACUACUAUGCUGUGUAAUUCAUCAUCGUUUGACAAUAAAGCGAUAACAUUUCUUCACACUGAUUCAUCAUCUUCUAUUGAGAAAUAUUCAAAUAAUCCAGAGUAUGAAUACAGUGAAAAGUCACAACCAAUCUCUUCAUGGUCUUCGUCUACUUGUGAAAGUAAAGAUAAAUAUGCGUCACACACAAUGACGAUGAUGAUGAUAGACAAACCAAUACCACCGUUGACUGUUGCUCCUACCCCUACUACUCCUACUACUACCUCCAAAAGUUCACUUCAUGCACAGUCUAGUCUCUGUCGACUAUUACUUGAUGCUCAAUUAGGACCAGAGGAAAUAUCUGAUGCUGUUGCCAGUGUUCAAAGUUCAGAACAAAAUUUUGCAUCAAUUAUCCGGAAUGAUAUGGCGUUCAACAGUUCCCUAUUGACGGAUAAUAGUCAUUCAUUUGAAGAAUUAUCUACAGCUAGUAAUAAUAAUAAUAAUAAUAAUAGUAUCAAUCCUAUGCAUAAUUAUCAGUCAGCAACAUCUCUACUAUCAUCAUCAAAUUAUUCUAUACCUCCAGCUGAAUGGAAUGAUAAUCAACUUGAACAAUUAAUUCUUGAGGCUAAAACUAAUUCUAAUGCUGGUAAUCUAUUAUUAUUAGAAGGAGAAGAUAGAUUAUCUUCGAAUACCACUACUACUGCUACUAUGGAUAAUAAUAAUGAUAAUAAUAAUACAUCUUCACGUUCAGAACGACAUCCAUCUACUUCAUCAAAAGUGAUCGCUGAAGAAGUGGAAAUGUUAUUCGAAGUAAUACAAGAAAAUGAAUUAGAAGCAAAUAAUCAUUCAUCACAUACAAUCACUGGUUGUGGUGGUGGUGGUGGUGACACUGGGAACUGUACAUCGUAUAUGAGUGAAUCACCAUGUUCAAAACGCUCACGAUUCUCAUCAUCCACAUCAAUAUCUGAACAUCAAACAGAAAUGAUUGGCGGUUGCGGUGGUGAUAUUGGAACUGGAAAUAUUAUUGAUGGUGAUAAUGCUGCUGCUUAUCGAAAUGAAAUUAAUUGGCAAAAUGAUGCGAAAGCUGUUGCACGUAUCUGUGAACAACUUCAACAAGGUUUAGUUUCUAAUAACAAUAAUCACAAUACUAUGACUACAUCAGAAUUGUCAGGAUAUUCUAGUAAUAAUACCAUUAUAAACAAUUCUUCGUCUACCUCUGCUGCUUGCUGCUGCCGCUUCUGCUGA